GUGAACCAAAGUAAACAUGGGAAGGUCAGACACAAUCUUUUCUUGAACAUAAUCAGACUAAACAUUAACAUUAGAAGUACCUGCAUGUCAAUCCAGAACAGCCAAUGAUGUUACUACUAAUUGCAUAUCUUCUUUCAGUGGCACAAGUACAAACAAUUUUAGGAUUGACAUGUUUUGCAUGUAGUGGACUUCUUGAUCCGUGGUAUUGCGAUAAAGUUGAACAGUGUUCGGAGGGACAGACGUGUGGUAUGACAGAGUUUGUGACCAAGUCGAGAGAGUCUAACGUCUAUCUUGGAUGUGUUAACAGCACGGAUUGUCAAAGCAGACAGCGCAGAUCUGAUAUCCACUCGUAUUGUCAUAGCUGUUGUACUACAGAUGUCUGCAAUAAAAAUGGAUGUGGCCAUAAUGGUAUAUGAAUGAGUAUAACAAUUACAAAUGUUUAAAAAGUC